AUCCCUCGUUUACCCCCGCAAUCCCACCCGCCCCGCACACGCCCGCCCCCACGCACCCAAACGCGCACCCGCGGGAGCGAAAGAAGAGAUGGCGAAGGGUUCUUCGGUGCAGGCGCUGUACGAGCUCUGCAAGAAGACCUUCGCGGCCUCGGGCACUGCUUCUCCCUCCUCUCGACCCAUCCGAAAGCUCUCCUCUCUCUUGGAUACAAUCACUCCGGCAGAAGUUGGACUUCGAGAGGAUACAAUGGAGGAUGAAAGGGGACAUGGUUUUUUCGGAUCAAACUUAUCGAGGAAUUCUAUGAGGACGGCUCGGUGGGCUCAACCAAUAAAAUACCUGCACAUUUAUGACUGUGAUAGUUUCUCUAUUGGUAUAUUCUGCUUGCCCACUUCAUCUGUUAUUCCUCUUCAUGACCAUCCUGGGAUGACUGUCUUGAGCAAAAUCCUCUAUGGUUCUCUGCAUGUGAAAUCUUAUGAUUGGAUUGAACCUCCUUGUCUGGCGAAAAGCGGCGAGCCGGAUAACUUCCCUGUGAGGUUGGCUAAGUUGCAUAUGGACACUGUCCUCACAGCGCCAUGCCCAACCACUGUUUUGUACCCCAAAAGUGGAGGCAACUUGCACUGCUUCACUGCAGUAACCUCUUGUGCGGUACUCGAUGUCCUCGCUCCACCUUAUGCUGAAGAAGCUGGCCGAAGUUGUACUUACUAUCAUGAUUACCCAUACUCUAGUUUUUCAACUGGAAACAGAUUAAUAGGCGAUGAGCAAGAGGAUGAUUAUGCAUGGCUUGAGGCGAUAGAAUCACCGGACAAUCUCUACAUGCGAUCGGGUGAAUACACUGGUCCAACUGUACAGUUGUUGGGAGUAGGAUUUUGGUGGUAAAAACUAUUCGGUCAAGAAAUUUGGAUAAAAUCAUGGGAUGAUUGGCUCCCACAUCCUCCAAAAGAACCAAUCACUUUACCUCAAAUUCUGAUCUUAUCUACUUCCGGAGCGGGCAUAGCGUUAUUCUUGUGCACAAUUUGAAUGCUUGUAAGCGGUUUGAUUUUUGGAGUUCCUAACAACAGGAAGAGUUCUGCUUUCCAGUAUCAUGUGGCAUAGUCUGAGAGGGGUUUUGUGCAGAAGGUUUAAAGAAACCAUUGGUUCCUUGUUCACCUCUAUGUGACAGGAGACGGAAAGAAUAUAUUCAAUUGUAAUAGAUCGAGGUGAGUGUAACAGCUAAAUGUAAAGUGAAUGGGCCUCUUAGUUAUUUUUGAGUCAGGAACCUUGUUGUUGCUUGUGAGUAGGAAUAUAAGGCCUAUGUGGCUUAGCCAUAGCCUAGAGCUAUUGAAAAAGUGCUAUUCGAGUAGAGCUGGUCAAAAAAGUUGUAAGCAACAUCUUCUUUUGUUAAAUACCUCGAACAGCAUUUGUUUGAAGCUAAAAGUAGAAACUUUUGAUUUGAGCUUCUACUUUUGAACCUCAGCAAGCUUCUUAUGCUCUGGAAAAAAGCUAUGUAUUUACUGUUUGCCAAAUGUUGUUGGCCUCUUCUUCGAGUAGAAAA